AUGAUUUCAAUAACAAAAUCGUCGUCCAAGCAGUCAGCUUCAUCAACUGGCAUAAUGGAACGACGGAAGCGUGAGAAGGAACGAAACAAAUUAUCAAUGAAGAGAAAGUUACCAUCAGACGCGAAGUGUCGUUUUGGUAAAGAAUUUUUUGCAAAAGUAUUUGAGCUAUUUCAAAGUAUUGAACAGGAUUCCUGUGAUCGGUUGCGUCAAAUGCAUGAUGAGUUAGCAGCUUAUUACAAAGAGCAUGAUUUGAAUGUUAUGUGGAUAUCAGAUGAUGAAGCCGAUAGUAAAGAAGUUAAAGCACCACUAUCCAAGAGAACUCAUCAGGAUAUCAAUAAAGGCGAUAUGCGCUCUGUUAAUAUUUCGCGAUCGAAGUUAGAGGCUAAGGAAAAAUUGAAACUAAAAUCGAGCACUAAAAAUUCAGUGGCAAAUAAUUCACCGAUUCCAACAUCUUUGUUAUUGUCUCAAUUCGAAUUAAGCGAUGAUUCUGAUGACAAUCCCUCACGGAAACUUUCCGGACCCCAAACCAAAAAUUAUAAAAUUUGUUAUACGUGUAGUGGUGCAACCAGUUUGCCAAAUAAUAUGAUCUUGGACUGUGAAGAAUGUGAUAAAACCAUUCAUCAAAAAUGUGCUCGUCCUGAAAUUACAGCUUCACAAGCUAAGGACCCACGUUUCCUAUUCGUUUGUAAUGAUUGCAAAGAUCGCGAGGACGAGAAAAUGGGUUCAAGCUGUUCAAAAUCACCUUCUAAUUUUAAACAGGAUGAAAAAGGAAGCAUGCGAAAGUCUUCAGAAGAAAGAAUUCAGCCACUAAAACCAGAAAACGAUAUUUUAGUAACAUUCUCAAACUUCGCUGCUAAGAAAGCAAAGAAAUCCGCAUCAUCAGGAGCCAGUGGUAAUUCGAAUUUGCAAGUUGGUAGCGUCACGAUAAAUAAAGUUCUUCCUUCCUUUAGUGCGAAGGAUCGGAAAUAAUUUGAUUCAUUUCCUUGAUUCUGUUAUUCACAAAAUUUCGAAAGAAGAAUCUUGAAUUUUAGGAAUGGAAUUUUACAAAAUUGGAAUGGAAUUUAGAAAAGUAUUCAGUAUUUAUUCGAAUUUCCUUCUUGGAUUCAUGUCUUAGUCUCCAUUCAGUUUCUCUAGGCAUCAUUUAAUUUUUGCACCAUACAGUGCACUAUUUUAUGAAGUGAUUAUUUUAUUUAGCAGGAUUCACGUGAAGCACGCUUUAUUAGAUAUACCAUGUAAAAAGUGGAAUAAACUGAAUAAUUCUGAUGUGUGAAU